AUGGCCACUCGCCCUCAAUUCUUCUUGGAAUCUCCCAGCUCCCCCUAUGUCGGUACCUUGUCAGUAUGGGAUCCAGUAACAAGGGAGUCUACCCAAUCACGUAACAUGUACAGUAACCAAAACAUAUAUGUUGGUCGCGAUCCAAGUUCCUGCGACUACGUCUUUCCCGAUAUGUGUGUUUCUAGGAAGCAUAUUCACAUCUAUCCCAUAAUCUUCGAUCGGGACAAUCCACAUGAAGUCGCGCCACUGGUUUACGCCCAGAAUUUAUCGCGAAACUGUACCCGGUGGAAUGGACACCCUAUGGGCAACAAGAAUCGCAGCUUCCUCCUCAGCCAUGGUGAUAUUCUGCAUCUGGAUACCGGGUUUUCCCUCCGCUAUACUUUUCAUAAUCACAGGGAUAUAAACCACCUGGACUCCCUACAGAGCGCGGAAGCUAAGAUUUUUGCCGAUAUAUAUACCAUUACGCAGCGGAAAUUAGGUUCUGGCGCUUAUGGAAAGGUGUUGAUGGCCUUCCGGAAUCUCACCGGCCAACAAUUUGCGUGUAAGAUCAUUGACCUGAGGGUAUUGAAAGAAAGGUUUGUCCAAGAAGCAGAGGCACGAUAUCAGUCUAGGUCUUUUGGUCAGGUUUCUGCCACGGGGGAAGUGGUGGCUGUUCGUCGGCCAAAAAAUCUCCAGGAAAAGUUGGCAGUUUAUGACCGCGAAGCUGAGAUCCUAGAGGGACUCUCUCAUCCAAAUAUUAUUGGGAUUGAAAGAGUCAUCAAGUCCAAAGAUACAAUUUACCUUUUCCAAGAAUUGAUCACGGCGGGCGACCUCUUCUCUUACAUUCAGUUCAAGGGUGGGAGACUUCCUGAAAUCGAAGCAGCUGUCAUCGUGCGACAGGUCUCUAUGGCUUUGGAAUACCUGCAUGAGCGGAAUAUCGUCCACCGGGAUCUCAAACCAGACAAUAUCCUCAUGACAUCUUUAGCGGAUGGGUGUAGAGUCGUUCUCACGGAUUUCGGAUGUGCGCAAGUGAUACAACCUAGCCUGGAAAGAAUGUCGACUGUUGUUGGCACAUUCGAUUACAGCGCACCAGAGGUUCUUCAAAGGACCAAUCAAGGCUAUACGAAAGCCGUAGAUCUCUGGUCCUUGGGCUGUGUCACUUUUGUGCUUCUCACCGGUGACAUUCCCUUUAGAAAUGAGCUUACCACGACCAUUGGUACGGAUCUUGUUCGAACCGCCAGUCUAGAGCAGCUGGAAAGGGAUCUUGAAUCGAACGGAAUCAGGCAACGUGCGGCAGAUUUUAUCCGGCGGUUACUUGUGUUCGAUGAAACAAAGAGAAUGGACGUAAAGCAAGCCCUUGGUCACAACUGGUUUAGCAACCGAUCGCAUAAGACCGAGUUUGAAAUGCUUUAUGAGCGGGCUAUGAAGAUAUGGAGGCCCUACGUGCGCAAAGGACCCUUGAAUAUUGAGUGGCACGAUCUUAUAGGCGAUUCCACUCGAAACUCCGAAGCACAAGAUUCUCAAUCGCGAUUACCCGAUGACACAAUGAGAACCCAGGGCUUAAAUAGAAGCCACUCAAUCGUAUCUGCUACCCUUUCUGACCCGAUACUUGCGCCGCAUCACAGGCUCGAAGGCCUCAGGGGCAGUCAAAGCUUUAUCUUGGAAGGAGUGACCAGUCAAUCCCAGUCCAGCUCCAUCGUCGCCGAGUCCGGAAGCUCUGGAAGGUCUACUUCUCUCAAUGAAUACACACAAAGCUCUCGUUUUGAAGACAUUGGUGAUCAUCAAGAAGACAGACAACCCGAAGGGCCAUAUUCGAGUAACCUGGGCGCCCGGAAUACUGAGAUGGCUGGACUCGUCUUCCCAGAUGAUCUAUUGAAUCCUAGACAGAGACUCGGACAUAACAAUGACGGUGACGGUGAGGUGUAUGAGGAAACCACCAACUGGAUCACAGGGAUGAAAGAGCGUCAUGUUUAUGGGAGCAAUGUUUAUCGAGAGGAGGGAUAA